AUGGUUGAGAACUGGGAUACAUCUUAUGCACAGGUCGAGGAAGCUCUUCUGAAGUCGUGGCCAAAGAACAAGGAGUCGUGUGCACAAUUGCUCAUUGGCUAUUUCGACUAUUAUUCUCGAUUCGAUUUCCGAAACUUUGUGGUUCAAUGUCGACGAGAAAUGACACUGUCGAAGAUGGAAAAGGAGUGGCCUCGACCGAUUUGUGUUGAGGAUCCGUUCGAUUUGAAUCACAAUCUCAGCAGUGGAGUUACCAAGAAAAUGUUCGUAUUCAUCAUGAAGGUUUUCAUCAACUCCCGUGCCGUUUUCAUGUCUGAAAAGCCCAAAAUGACUGACCACAACCACGCAGGCUUCCAUUUGAUGUACAGAAAGGUACUGCUCGAUAAAUGCCAUCAAGGGUCGGCGCCAUCGGACAGGCAAUGCCACAGUUGUCACAGGAUAGGCCACUUUUAUGAGUCGUGUCCUUUCAGAAUGCAAGGAAAAGAUAAUAGGCGAAGAUAUACAUCUAACUCCACAAACAACAGUUAUCGCUCCACGACGGGUUCAAUAAUCACAGGAAGACGUCAGAGGAUUCUAAUGGUGUUGGAGAUCGAUUGGGCUAUCAUAAAAGG